CCGCUGCGGCCUUGGGAGGGCCGGGCGGGGCGCGGGCGGAGAGCCUGGGGAAGGGCGGCGGCUGGGCCGGACCAGCUGGGCCGCGUCCGGUUCUGCGCAGGGCCCACGUGCGGCCGAGGCCCUUGGGGGCUGAGAACCUCCAGUUACCUGCUCCGAACCCUGUAUUUCUGAUCUGAAUCCCCUUCUUUGCAGCCUGAGCCCCAUCCCUGCCGAGAGCCUCGUAUUUCCGGCCUGAUCCCUAUCUUCUGCAGCCUGAACCCCGUAUUUCCGGCCUUAGAUAUCUCUUCUGCAACCUGAGCCCCGAGUUUCCUACCUUAUCCCCCCUCUUUGAAGCCUGAACCCGUGUCCCUUCUGAGACCCCGAAUUUCAUGCUGGAAGCCCCCUAUUAACCCGGUACCCCGACCUCUGCAGUAUCAACCCAAUAUUUCACCACCUCCCCCUCUCCCGUGCAGCCUGAAUCGUGGAUUUGGUACCCCGUUUCUGCAGCCUGAAUUUAUGUCCUUGCUGAAAAUUCUGAUUUCUUGUCUUAUUUCUUCCCUUUGGACCCCCUUUGCAGUCUAAGCCUCCAGUUUGCUGCUCGAACCCUGUUCGUGAAUCCCCUGUUGUGAACCCCGGAGUUUAAGAAUCGCAGUCCCUGUGGCCCACACUCCCUCUAACCUGACCUCCCAUUCAUUGCUGUAAACCCUGUAUUUCCUGCUGAAUUCAAGUUUCUACAGCCUGAAUCUCAGUUCCUGUGUGAACCCCAUCUUUGUUUCCUUGCUGCAAACCCUACCUCUUCUACCUGACUCCUACCUGAACCUCCUCCUUUGCUAUGGACAUACUUGGUGUCCAAACCCCAGUCCCUGCUACCGAGCCUUAUCUUUUGUUACCUGAAUUCCCAUAACUGCUGCGCAGAGUCCUUGUUAUCUCCUGAAACCCCACCCUGCUUUAAUGAACUCCCAUCCUUACUAGGAACCCUCUUCCCCCAGCUCUGCUGCCUAUAAUCCCUCUGGAAAACCUCUCCUGCGUAUGAACCCUUCUACCACAUAAACCCUUGUUUCUGCUGGGGACCUCUGGCAUCAGUCAAGCCUGUAGUGCCGAGAGCUCACAUACUCCUUUCUGAGUCAUGACGGAUGCCAAGUAUGUCCUCUGCCGAUGGGAGAAGCGAUUGUGGCCUGCGAAGGUUUUGGCCAGAACUGAGACUACAGCAAAAAACAAGAGAAAGAAGGAAUUCUUCCUAGAUGUGCAGAUACUCUCACUAAAGGACAAGAUCCAGGUUAAGAGCUCAGCCGUGGAGGCACUGCAGAAGUCGCACAUUGAGAACAUUGCUGCCUUCCUGGCCUCUCAGAAUGAAGUCCCGGCUACUCCCCUGGAGGAGCUGACUUACCGACGCUCCCUGCGAGUGGCCCUGGAUGUCUUGAAUGAAAGGACCAGUCUGAGUCCUGAAAGUCAUCCAGCAGAAGAUGGGACCACACUGUCACAGAAGGAGAAGCCAGAUGCAGAUGUGGCCUCACAGGUCUCCAGUGCUGCUGCUCCAUCUUUCCUCGGUGAAGAUGGUCAAACUGUGGUAGCCGAGUGCGCAUCCAGCAGGAGGUGGGAGUGCAGUCCAAAAAGCCUGUCGCCGUCAUCCGCAUUUGAGGAAGAUCUCAGGUGCAAAGUGGGCUCCAAGACAGCCCUCUCAGAGAGUGGAGCCCCAGGAGCUGAAGUGCCUGCCCCCACUGGAGACAAGUCUCAGGAUGAUUCUGGGUUACAGCUGGACCAUGGGCAGGAGAGCACAACCAAAAAGAGGCAGAGGAAUUUGGGAGUGAAAACUACCCGGCACCGAAGAUCAGAGUCUAGCCUUUCCAAGGGAGAAAGUGUCUCAGAGAGUGAGGGACAGGCAAGCAGCUGUGUGGCCCUGGCUUCACCUAGGCUGCCCUCCCAAACCUGGGAGGAGGAUCCCUGUGACUGGGUCGAAUCAUCAGGCAACAUCAGGCUGCUCUCGGCCUCUGAGAGAAGCAGAGGAUGCCCCACAAAGAGGCCACGCUUGGAUGGAGGCCAGAACCCACCCACCAGGCAGCUGGGGACUAGAACUGUGGGGGCAGCGUCCUCCCCUAGGAGCUGUUCUGGGGAGGUCAUGAUGCUGUGCGGUACUGGAGAGGGUGACAAACCAGAGGAAGCAGAUCCUAUGUCCUCAGAAGAAUCCACGGGGUUCAAGUCCAUCCACUCCCUGCUGGAGGAGGAGGAGGAAGAAGAGGAGGAGGAGGAGCCACCCCGGAUCCUCCUCUAUCAUGAACCACGAUCAUUUGAAGUAGGAAUGCUGGUCUGGCUUAAAUACCAAAAAUACCCAUUCUGGCCAGCUGUGGUGAAGAGCGUCCGGCGGAGAGACAAGAAGGCCAGUGUGCUCUUCAUUGAGGGCAACAUGAACCCCAAGGGCCGAGGAAUCACUGUGUCGCUGCGACGGCUCAAGCACUUCGACUGCAAGGAAAAGCACGCACUGCUGGACAGAGCCAAGGAAGACUUUGCCCAGGCCAUUGGCUGGUGUGUCUCGCUUAUCACUGACUACCGUGUGCGGCUGGGCUGCGGCUCCUUUGCUGGGUCCUUCUUGGAAUAUUACGCUGCUGAUAUCAGCUACCCUGUACGCAAGUCUAUCCAACAGGAUGUCCUGGGGACCAGGUUUCCUCAGUUGGGCAAGGGGGACCCUGAGGAGCCUAUAGGGGACAGCCAGCUGGGACAGUGGCGGCCAUGCAGGAAGGUACUGCCUGACCGCUCCAGGGCUGCACGGGAUAGAGCCAACCAGAAGCUGGUGGAGUACAUCGUGAAGGCCAAGGGUGCAGAGAGCCACCUGCGAGCUAUCUUGCACAGCCGCAAGCCCUCACGCUGGCUGAAGACAUUCCUGAGCUCCAAUCAGUAUGUGACAUGCAUGGAAACAUACCUGGAGGAUGAGGCGCAGCUGGAUGAGGUGGUAGAGUACCUGCAGGGCAUCUGCCGAGACAUGGAUGGCGAGGUGCCUGCGCGCGGCAGUGGAGACCGCAUUCGUUUCAUCCUGGAUGUGCUGCUGCCCGAGGCAAUCAUCUGCGCCAUUUCCGCAGUGGAGGCGGUGGACUACAAGACAGCUGAGCAGAAGUACAUCCGUGGCCCCACACUUAGCUACCGGGAAAAGGAAAUCUUUGACAAUGAACUCCUGGAGGAGAGGAACCGUCGCCGUCGCUGAUGCCACAGUCUCCUUGGCCAGCCAGCACUGUCUAUGGCCUGCCAGAGAACUCCUCGAGAAUGUGCUAGAAGCAAGAGGCCUAAGAAUGUGCUGACUUUGAUCUGUGCAUGGGUUCUGCGUCUUCAGCCCUGAGUCUGGGAGAUUAGAUGCCAUCAACACAAUAGAAGCCUGCUGGCACCUAUGAACAGCUGCUUUCUGGAAGUUUUGUGUGUGUGUGUGUGUGUGUGUGUACGCGUGUCUGUUUGGUUUUAUUUUUAAUUAUUUGUCUAUAAAUGAGUUGAAUGCA